AUGUCUUCUGCCGCCUCCUUUCGCUCCAUGAUUGGCGUUCAGCCUUCAUCUGCGUCGACCAGCGACAGCGUCCUCGUUAUCAUCGACGCCCAGAAUGAAUAUGCGACAGGCAAACUACGCGUCUCCAACAUUGAGACCUCCCGCGCGGUGAAUGCUUCUCUGCUCGGCAAGUACCGUGCCGCAAAUGCCCCCGUUGUUCAUGUGGUCCACGCAACCCCCGAAGGCGCCCCCGUUUUUACGCCGGGCACGGAGCUCGCUCAGGAGCUUUCGGAGCUGACGCCUCGCAAUGGAGAGUCUGUGGUAACGAAGCACUACCCUGGAUCCUUCACGGACACCGAUCUACAGUCCAUUCUCAAGGCGAGCGGCCGGAGCAAAGUGGUGCUUACUGGCUACAUGGCCCACGUCUGUGUUUCCACGACCGCUCGCCAGGGUGCUGAGAGGGGCUGGGAUGUUUUGGUGGUGGAGGAUGCCGUUGGAGACAGAGACAUCCCCGGCGUCAAAGCUGAGGAGCUGACUAGAGUUGCCCUGGCUGAGAUUGCCGAUGCGUUCGGCACCGUUAUUCAGAGCAAGGACAUCAACUAG